CGCGGAUCGGAAAAUUUUUUAAGGCUGAAAUGAUUGUGGAAGUCCUGAUUACAGUUUCCUUUGUGAUUAUCAUUUUUCACAAAUUGUGGACGAAAGUGAAUGAAAAUUAUUAUGUCUUAAGUCUCUGCAAGCGACUUCGAACAGUAGAUGGAAGUCCAUUGGAAAGCAAAAUUUACGUAACGCCGACAAAAACGCGAUUUGGAAACAACUUUGAUUUGGUGAACUUUACACCGGAAAGUAUCUUUAACUUCGUAAGAAAUACAUCCGCUGAGGCCAAAGGUCGAAACUAUCUGUGGUACUUCUUCCAUGCGCCUAUGUAUAAUGUGGUCAGGGCCGAGGACGCCGAGGAGAUCUUUCAAAGUCCCAAGCUGAUCACGAAAAAUAUGAUCUACAACCUUCUGAAACCCUUUUUGGGGGAAGGUUUGCUAACAAGCUCAGAUCAGAAAUGGCAUGCCAGACGAAAAGCCUUGACUCCUGCCUUCCACUUUAAUGUUUUACAAUCUUUUCUGGUCAUAUUCAAUGUCGGUAAGGAAUUGGAUCUUAAUCAGGUCAUUCCCCAAUUCACUUUAAACAAUAUUUGUGUUGCAGAAACCGCACUCGGCGUGAAGCUAGAUAAUAUGACGGAGGGUAUACGAUAUCGAAGGUCGAUUCAUGCCAUAGAAGAGGUUAUGCAGCAGCGAUUAUCCAAUCCUUUCUUCUACAACAUAGUUUAUUUCUUUAUAUUUGGGGAUUACCGAAAGCAGGUGGAUAACUUAAAAAUAGCUCAUGAUUUCUCAAGCAACAUCAUUGAAAAAAGGAGAAGUCUCUUUAAGAGCAAACAGCUUGGCCAAAUGGAUGAGUUUGGCCAGAAGCAGCGAUAUGCCAUGUUGGAUACUCUCCUAGCAGCCGAAGCCGAAGGUCAAAUUGAUCAUCAGGGAAUCUGCGAUGAGGUCAACACUUUCAUGUUCGAAGGAUAUGAUACCACUUCAACCUGUUUAAUCUUCACCCUGCUCAUGCUGGCCCUGCAUGAGGAUGUGCAAAACAGAUGUUACGAAGAGUUGGAACAUCUACCGGAGGAUAGCAAUGAGAUCAGUUUGUUCCAGUUUAACGAACUCUUCUAUUUGGAGUGUGUCAUUAAGGAAUCUCUGCGCAUGUUUCCCUCAGUGCCGUCUAUUGGACGAAAGUGCGUGGAGGAGGGUGUUGUUAAUGGUUUAAUCAUGCCCAAGGAUACUCAAAUCAACAUUCACUUAUAUGAUAUCAUGAGAGAUCCCCGGCACUUUCCUAGUCCACAUGUCUAUAAUCCAGAUCGAUUCUUGCCAGAAAAUACUGUUAACCGACUUCCUUUUGCCUUUGUUCCCUUCAGUGCAGGACAAAGGAACUGCAUAGGUCAGAAGUUCGCUAUUCUCGAGAUAAAAGUUCUUCUGGCGGCGGUGAUUAAGAAGUUUAAGUUAAUACCCAUUACUUAUCUUAAUGACCUUACUUUUGAAAAUGGAAUGGUAUUGCGCACUAAGCAGAAUGUAAAAGUUAAAUUGGUGUCUAGGAAAACUAUUUUUAACUUUAUACGAGAAUCAACCGCCAAAGCCAAAGGUCAGAACUAUCUUUGGUACUUUCUUUUUGCCCCGGAAUAUAAUAUAGUUCGUGCCGAAGAUGCUGAGGAAAUAUUUCAGAGCACCAAAAUAACAACCAAGAAUAUGGCUUAUAAUUUGAUAAAGCCAUUUCUGGGCAAUGGCCUACUGAUUAGCACAGAAACCGCUUUGGGUGUUAAACUUGACGACUUGUCAGAGGGAAACGAAUACAGAAAGGCUAUCCAUGAGUUUGAAGAAGUUUUCAAUCAGCGUGUCUGCAAUCCUCUGUUGUAUUACAACUGGUUCUUCUUUCUUUUCGGAGAUUAUCGCAAACAUUCCAAGAUACUUCGGAUAAUUCACGACUUCUCAAGUAGCGUUAUCCAACGGAAGAGGCAGCAGUUUCAGCAGGAGCCACUUGGGGAAGUGGAUGAAUUUGGCAAGAAGCAGCGAUAUGCCAUGUUGGAUACUCUCCUAUCAGCCGAAGCAAAAGGUCAGAUCGAUCAUCAGGGAAUCUGCGAUGAGGUCAACACUUUCAUGUUCGCUGGUUACGAUACCACAUCAACCUGUCUUGCCUUUACUCUGCUCAUGUUGGCCCUGAACGAGGAUAUCCAAAAACGGUGCUACGAGGAGAUUCAAACCCUUCCCGAGGAUGGUGAUGAUAUCAGUGUGUUCCAGUACAACGAACUAGUAUACUUGGAAUGUGUGAUCAAGGAAACGCUAAGGAUGUUUCCUUCGGCGCCGCUUAUUGGACGAACGUGUGUCGAGGAGAGUGUUGUGAAUGGUUUGGUCUUGCCCAAGGAUACCCAGAUCAGCAUACACAUUUAUGACAUUAUGAGGGAUCCCCGUCAUUUCCCGAAACCAAAUCAGUUCCAACCAGAAAGAUUCUUGCCAGAGAACACUGUUAACCGACAUCCCUUCGCCUUUGUUCCCUUCAGUGCAGGUCAAAGGAACUGUAUUGGUCAGAAGUUCGCCAUCUUAGAGAUGAAGGUAUUAUUGACAUCGGUCAUCAGGAACUUUAAGUUAUUGCCCGCCACUAAGUUGGAAGAUCUUACUUUUGAGAGUGGAAUCGUUCUACGCACGACGCAGAAUAUUAAAGUGAAAUUUCAGAAAAGGGUAAGGGAAUGAUCUAUUAAGUUAAUAACAGUUGCUAUUCUACCAAAUAAGGUACAAUAAAAUAUACACCGCUGUA